UUUUAAACUCGAAUAGCGUCGGAAAGAUUCGGUCAACAGAUAAACAAACAUUUGAGGUUCCACGAGAACGCGGCGACUAACUAAGGCGGAAGUCAGUAUCUAUUUACUUGUACGUGCUUCCCCGUACUUGGCAACAUACCUGUGUUGGUCCGUGGUAGAACUUCCCAUAAGUUUGAAGUUAAACUAACACUAUGAAGAGCGCGUUCGUUUGUCUGAUAUUUCUGGCAGUUUUGAUAGAGUGCUAUGGCCGUAAAAGAUGUUCGUAUCGAAGGCACAGGAAUGGCAGAUACACCACUACCUAUUACAGGUGUGCAAGCAGUGAGUAUUGUUGUGCGACUCAAAGUUGUUGUACAUAUGUUUACGCAAAAUGGUACAUCUGGACGGUCAUAGUGAUCACUUUUGUGAUUGCUUUCAUGCUGUGGUGGUACUACCGUUAUCGCUAUCGUCGUGCACAUCAAGUAGUUGUAGCCCAGGUUCCACACACUCAAGCUAUGCAAUAUACCACAGUCACUGGGAAUGUGAUAAGGGUCCCUGCUGGCUACACUGUGUAUACUCCGCCAGGUCAAGCCACAGUCAUAUCGGGUGGUGCAAAUUUCCAGCAUCCUGCAUACCCACCACAAGUUUAUGCUCAUCAGGAUCCACCGCCUCCAUAUACUAGCACUACUGUAGUAAAGCAAGGAGCUUUUGUAAGCACUUCUACAUAAUAAAAUUGAUGGUGAAAAAGAUUCAUAACCUUUCCAAUUUCCCAAUUGUCAAACUGUGCAUAGCUUCAAGUUAGUCUUUCAGCACUCCAAGCUGCAAUAUGUUUUAGUCGCAGUGGUGAGUAAAAAAAAAUUUAGCAGUUAAAUUCGUUGCAAAGGUUGCCAAUUUGGCAACUUGUGUUAGGUGGUCUUGUAGUAAGUUGUGAUAUUUUUCCUACUUAAUUUUUAUGUUGUUUUUUGAGAGAAGUUAGUAAGAGUGUUAUUUUGGUGGGAAAACUGUUGUGGCCCUGUUGAUGGUCACCAUUUCACUCACACUUUUACAUAUGAAGUUUUUAUGGUAAUUUUUUAACAAGAUUUUUCUGGCUACUACUAUGUUACUCAGGAAACCAUUUUAAAGAUGUAAGCUUACCAAAUGUAGACCUUAGAAAAAGAUGAGCCUAGAGCCCAGGAAAUUGACUUUUAAAACGUUUGAGGAUAAUUUUAAUAUUUAUAGUGACCCAUUUAGAAGGUAUGAAAUAUUUUAUAGAUAUUUUAUAGAUGUUUUAGAUGUACUAAUGAAAAUUAAUAUGAAGUGAUGUCAAACAUCCUGGAUUUUUUUCAUCAUUUUUUGUGUUCCAUGCAUAUACCUAUUAAUAUUUUUAACAUUCUGUGGUGCAUUUUGUUGCUUUAAAUUUACUAAAAAUGAUCAA